AUGAAGAGUCUGAUGUGCCACCCCUACUGGGGUCGAGUCCCGUGGAUCAACCAUGAAACCAACCCAGGGGACUAUCAAUUCCUAUCUGCAUAGCCACUUCCUACAGUCCCGUUGGAAUAUUCUCAUCCGCUCAUGCACACACGAACACCCUCCUCUUUUCGCUAGUAACUAACCACUUAGUGGGCAUUCACACGCCGGAUGUGACCAAAAAAACAAACGGACAAAAGACCAACGAAAAAAAACAACAGGGGGAAACCCGGCCUCCGGGUCAAAACCCCUACCAAUAUUCACCGUUCCAUCAAACACCCCAUCCCAACGCUUGGCAAGCAGUAAAAGUGCAAGACUAUCCCGAGGAGUUGGUUCAAACAACUACACUGCGGCUGCACUACUGUUUGUUCUUCAAACAAACAUCAGACAAACAUCGAAAUCGCCCGCCCCUCGCUGAUGAAAUACAGCGCACCGGGGCGGAAGGCAAUCAUCCAACGUUUUCUGAGCGACACAUAACUGGCAUGCAUUUUUUCGGCAAUCCUCUAUUCUCGUGGAGUACAACACUGGUGUCCCAAUUUUUCCUCCUACGUUCCUUCAGCGGUUCCAACAGUAUCCCAUCUUCCUGCACAUUGCGCAACCUAGAGAACGGCACCACGUAGCCGCAAUCAAUGAGGGUCUCAACCGAAUGGCUAUCAGGAAAUACUGAACAUAUGAGCACGAACGCCUACGAGAAACACGGAACACCCUUCCUGGCUCUUCAACCAAAGUACAGUCAUGACAACUCACGAGGAUCUACCAACUUCGCUACGAAUGUCAUCAAACACCAAAUACCCUCAAGAAAAAGUGCCACAAUCCAGCGCUGUGAUGCGUGUUCCUCCCCUCCCAGCGCUCGUCCCGGCCUGUAGCCUCGCCACAAAAGGAGUUCCCGUUUUAGCACCACGAUGCAAGUACCCUACCCCCACGCGCCUUCCGACGUGCCGCGGGGUUCCCGCUCUCGCCCCUUCCGAUGCGCCACGGGGCUGCUUCGAUUUUCUCUCCCCCUCACGCNCGAUGCGCCACGGGGCUGCUUCGAUUUUCUCUCCCCCUCACGCUCCGUCUGACGCGCUAUGG